AAUCCGUGAAAGCAGCACGGCAAAGAGCCGUUUGUAUUCCUCGCGCGGCGUCUCUCCGCGGCCAUGGUAACACUGUCCUCAAUGCUGGACAUCUGAUUAAAAAGCAUACAAGCGAGGGCUUUUCAUACAGCUGUUAUUAAGCAUGAAUCUGUCAGACAUAUGUGAUAACGCCAAGAAGGGCCGAGAGUACGCCUUGCUUGGGAACUAUGACUCCUCCAUUGUGUACUACCAGGGCGUCAUUCAACAGAUCCACAAGCACUGUCAGUCCCUCAGAGACCCUGCACUUACAGUCAGAUGGCAACAGCUUAGUAAGGAACUGACUGAGGAGUGCGAGCAAGUGAAAACUAUCAUGGCAACGCUGGAGAGCUUUAAGUCAGAGAAGCCGACUGACAUCCAAGCCCUGCAGCCGGAGAAGAGAGUAGAUCCAGCUGUGUGGCCCCCUCCCAUCCCUGCAGAGCACAGGAAUCCUGUUCCAGUAAAGCGGCCCAACAGUGGAGUGAAGCAGCAGAGGAAAGAGUCCCCUGGCCUGCAGCAUCGAGGGGCAGGGCCGGGAGGCCAUGCUCAGGCCAGCGCUAAAGCAGACCGGCCGGGAUUCACAAAAUGCAAAGAUGAUAAGGGAAAGAAAGGGGGAGAUGUGCAGGGGGAUGAAGGGCAUAAGAAGUUUGAUGGCACAGGAUAUGACAGUGACCUGGUGGACUCGCUGGAGAGAGAUAUUGUGUCCCGUAACCCUAACGUGCACUGGAAUGACAUUGCUGAUUUGGAAGAUGCUAAGAAGCUGUUGAGAGAAGCAGUGGUGUUGCCGAUGUGGAUGCCUGAUUUCUUUAAGGGCAUUCGCCGCCCAUGGAAGGGUGUAUUAAUGGUCGGCCCUCCAGGUACGGGGAAAACCAUGUUAGCCAAAGCCGUGGCCACAGAAUGUGGGACCACUUUCUUCAAUGUGUCCUCCUCCACGUUGACCUCCAAAUACAGGGGCGAGUCGGAAAAACUUGUCCGUCUGCUGUUUGAAAUGGCCCGAUUUUAUGCGCCAACGACCAUCUUUAUAGACGAGAUCGACUCCAUCUGUGGCAGGAGAGGAACAUCUGAUGAACACGAAGCCAGCCGCAGGGUCAAAUCUGAACUUCUUAUUCAGAUGGAUGGUGUUGGGGGAGCCCUGGAGGGUGACGACCCCUCUAAGUUGGUGAUGGUCCUGGCUGCCACAAACUUCCCCUGGGACAUUGAUGAAGCUUUGCGACGACGGCUGGAAAAGCGGAUAUACAUCCCUCUGCCCUCAGCCGUGGGUCGUGUCGAGCUUCUAAGGAUCAACCUGAGAGAGGUGGAUUUGGCUACAGACGUAAAUCUGGACCUCAUUGCUGAGAAGAUCGAGGGCUACUCUGGAGCAGACAUCACCAACGUCUGCAGGGACGCCUCUAUGAUGGCGAUGCGUCGUCGAAUCCAAGGCCUGAGCCCAGAGGAGAUCCGAGCUCUGUCCAAAGAAGAGCUGCAGAUGCCCGUGACCAUGGAGGACUUCACCCUGACACUUAAGAAGAUCUCAAAGUCUGUUUCUGCUGCAGACCUGGAAAAAUACGAAGCCUGGAUGGCUGAGUUCGGGUCAGUAUAGAGAUCGGAGUGAGCGCUUGUAUUUGAACAAGCCAAAAAAUCAGGGAUCAAAAAACUUCUUGAGGAGCUCAUGUAUUUAUUGCUGACUGAACAAACUUGAACUGAACCUCAAUAGUGUGGUAGGUUUAGAAUAAAGUGUUGCACUGGCA